AUGAUUUUCAUCUUAGUAAUGGACAAGAAAAAGAAAAAGCGUAAACAAAAACAAACAACAUUCUCUCCUCUGCAACAACAAAAUGGUAUUCCAAUUCUCAACAAUAAUUCUCCUCAAAAUGGUAAUCAAAUAAAUAAUGCUGAACAACAUCAUUAUCAUCAUGAACAUCCUUCCAUCACAAAUGAAUCAACACGUUAUGCUCAAACUCGUUUCCCAUUUCCACCUUACAUAUUACGUUUUAAAUCUGGAAAGGUGACAGCAAAUCAAGUUAAGGAAGGUAUAAUUGUUUAUGGUAAAAAAAAUUAUCAAGUGGAAAUUCAAGUUGCUAAUUGCCGACUGUCGAAUUUUACUAAUAACAAUAAUGAAUAUGAUAUACUUCUUUUUAUCAAAGAUGUUUUUUCUUUUUCGCAUUUAUUAGAUCAAUGUCAUUGGCCUAGUAUGUUUGGUAAUGAAAUUUAUUCAUUUCCUUCCUUUCCAUCUAUUCCUCCACAACUUUGUUUAUUAAUAAAAAAUGUCGAUUUACGUUUGGACUUUGGUGAAUUUUGUUCAGAUGUUAAAGCACUUUAUCCUCAGGUAAAAAAUGUUAUUAGGAUGAAAAAGAAACUACAAAACAACAUCAAAUUAGUCAAAUUAGAACUUACUUCACCAUCAGCUAGAAAAGAAUUAUUAAAUAUGAAAAAAAUAACAAUUAACUAUAUUACCUAUGAUAUUGAUGAAUAUCUUGCAUCAGCUACUGUUCUCAUCUGUUCAAAGUGUUUGGCUAUUGGACACUUUAAAUGCAAGCAAAUAAAGAAUACAUGUAAAACAUGUGGUGAACAAUAUGUUGAUCCUAAAGAUCAUAAUUGCUCACAAAUGGAUAAAUGUAUACGUUGCCAACAAAAUCAUAAAUCAAAUUCACUUAAAUGUCCGGUGGUGAAAUCCUUUCGCGCCGAAUUAACUAAAAAAUUGUUAAACUUGAAUGAUCAUACCGCAGCACCAGGAUCAAACAACAACAUCAGACCAUUUUCUUAUAAUACAACUGAUUUUCCAUCUCUUCCAACACAACAAGCAACAACAAUUAGCCCGAUGAUGAUGAAAUUAGAUGAUUUAAUUAUGAAAAUGUCUGAAGUGAAAGAUCAUCUAGCUAAUUUAGCAUUAAAACAUGAUAAAUUUGAACAGUUUAUAUUAGAAAAAAAUCAGAAUGACGAACGUGUUAAUGAAAAUAUAAAUGUUCUAUGUAAAUCUGUUCAUGAAUUACAAAAGGAUGUUAUUCAACAUAGUUUAUUAAUUGAACGUCAUGAAAAUGUAUUCAUGAAAUUACUAUUCGCCACGUUUGAAAAUUUAUUUAAUGUUAUUGCUGCUCAAAAUCAAGAUAACAAAGGAAACCCACUUGAUGUUGAUCUUAAAUGUAAACUAGAACGUUAUCGUAUACAAAUGAAAAAAGCAAGAGAAGGUAAACAAUUCAUUCAUUAA